CUCCUCUCCAUCCCUCCAGAUCUACUCCCACAAUCAACACGCCUCCUCUCCUCUCUUCUCAUACAAGAGUAUCACUCUCUACAAAAACCUAUAAAUCAUCAUCUCUUCCUAUAAAACAUCCCCUUUUCAAAAUUUCACCGCUAAUUCUACAACCUUUUUGCUCAAAUUUCACCGAUUUCGCUCCUAUUCUCGUAUUGAUUUAGCUAUCCGUUGAGAAUUUCAAGAAACCCCAAGUGAGUGACAUCUCGCAAAUCAUUUCUUAGAGGUGUGGGACGAUUUGGCAUAAGAAAAGAGAUUCAUGGCAGAUCAAAUGCUGGAGGGUAGCCAACCAGUUGAUCUUACUAAGCAUCCAUCUGGAAUUGUUCCUACUCUUCAGAACAUCGUGUCUACUGUGAAUCUGGAUUGCAAGCUAGACCUGAAAGCAAUUGCACUUCAAGCUCGAAAUGCAGAAUAUAAUCCAAAGCGUUUUGCUGCUGUUAUCAUGAGGAUAAGAGAACCAAAAACAACAGCUCUAAUCUUUGCUUCUGGGAAGAUGGUUUGUACAGGAGCCAAAAGUGAACAGCAGUCAAAACUGGCUGCACGCAAGUAUGCUCGAAUAAUUCAAAAACUCGGGUUUCCAGCCAAGUUUAAGGAUUUCAAGAUUCAGAACAUUGUUGGGUCAUGUGAUGUUAAAUUUCCCAUUAGACUUGAAGGCCUUGCAUACUCUCAUGGUGCCUUUUCAAGUUAUGAACCAGAGCUGUUCCCGGGAUUGAUUUAUCGAAUGAAACAACCGAAAAUUGUUCUGCUUAUCUUUGUUUCUGGGAAAAUUGUUCUUACUGGAGCUAAGGUUAGGGAUGAGACUUACACUGCAUUUGAGAACAUAUACCCUGUGUUGACUGAAUUUAGGAAAAACCAACAAUGGUAACAUAAUACUUUACUAAUUAAUUUCUAUUUCGUGGUAUCAUUAAUCUUUUCAAAUGGAAAUGUCAUGUUAUUUUGAUUCCAGAUCUAUCAUGGAAUAUGGAUACAUACAACCGAAUGGUGUUUUAUGGGUGAGAAAGGGCUUGGGUUGGCCUUUGAGUUCGAACACAAGUGUAAAUAUAUAUUAUAUAAUAUGUAAUGGGAAUCUUUUUUUUUUUUUGAAGUUUUGACUUGUUUAAGUGUGAACUUGGAAUGGACAGUUAAGCUUUGGACUUGGUCUUUACUUAGUAAAUUCAAUCCUUUUAAUUUGGAUUUAAGAAAUAAAAAACAUGUAUGUGGUUGUGGGAUGGAUAAAUGAAACGCGUAUCAAAAUAGAAUAAUCUCAUGUUCAAAAAAUAAUUUUAUAAAAAACGAGGGAUG